GUACUUGAACAACCGACCUCCAGUUCUAGCAGAUCGAGUGGCAACUGUGAUCACUGGAGAGUUGCGCGCCGUGGACAACAAGACAAAUGUUGAGCGACUAAAUCGUCUGACGAAUCAAACAGACGUGUUUGUGUGCACGGACAGGAAGUACAAGGCAGACCUCUGGCAGUUGCGAGGUGUGGUGGCCUCACGGUUUUUGGAAGAUGACCUUGCGACCUGGAAGGCAAAGGUGAAUCUUACCAAGGAGAUACAGUGGUGGCGCCUACAGCAAUGUUGGAGCCUGGUGCAAUGGUAUGAGGAAACUCAUGGCUUCAGCUAUGUGUUCUACUUCAAGACUCGGACGGACUGCUUUCGAAGAGGAGGUUGCGCUUCGUCAUUGAAGACCUACGAGCGGCUGCUAGAGGACUUCGGAAGCGCAAUGGACAAGAUGAUGUUUGCACGAAGCGACAUGACCUUCGGCGGAACAAGGCGCAGCUUUGCACGCGCCGCUGGCCUCUUCAGCCGAAUUGGAGACUACUGGAAAAGGGUGGAUGUGUUCUGGCCCUUGAACUACACCUUAGUCCAGCGUUCGGACGGCGCGGUCAACAAGUAUGUGUGGCUCGUUUUUCCACGCGCUGUCAUUGGGCCCGGUCGAUGCUGUGAACCUGAUGUACUUCGCCGUAAGCCUCAGAUUGUAGACGCAUUGAAUGAGUUUGUGAAGAAAAAUUGCCGACCAGAAGCAAGGUGCAGCAGAGGCUUCACGAUUGCCAGUCGCCUCCCAUUGCCUCCGACG